CCCCUACUUUGGUUCUAUCGUUGUUUUAGAAGUACAGCUCUCCUACUGCGGGGCCCCAUCCCGAGAACUCAUCGAGGCUGUGACUGGAAGCCAGACACCCUUGUGGCCGCAGCCCAGGCGUGCCACCUCCCUGCACCCGGUCGGGAGCUGCGGACCCGGGAGCAUUUCUAAGAUGAGAAGCAGGAGCAAUUCUGGGGUCCGCUUGGAUGGAUACGCGCGACUUGUGCAACAAACCAUCCUGUGUUACCAGAAUCCCGUCACCGGGCUGCUGUCAGCCAGUCAUGAGCAGAAGGACGCCUGGGUUCGUGACAACAUCUACAGCAUCCUGGCUGUGUGGGGCCUGGGCAUGGCCUACCGCAAGAAUGCCGACCGCGAUGAGGACAAGGCCAAGGCCUACGAGUUGGAGCAGAACGUGGUGAAACUGAUGCGGGGCCUGCUCCAGUGCAUGAUGAGACAGGUGGAUAAAGUGGAGAAGUUCAAGCACACUCAGAGUACCAAGGACAGCCUGCAUGCCAAGUAUAACACUGCUACCUGCAGCACCGUGGUUGGGGACGACCAGUGGGGCCACCUCCAGGUUGAUGCCACCUCCCUUUUCCUACUGUUCCUGGCGCAGAUGACUGCUUCCGGUUUGCGUAUCAUUUUCACCCUGGAUGAAGUGGCCUUCAUACAGAACCUUGUUUUUUACAUAGAAGCUGCAUAUAAAGUUGCUGACUAUGGCAUGUGGGAACGAGGAGAUAAGACUAAUCAGGGCAUUCCGGAAUUGAAUGCAAGCUCUGUGGGAAUGGCCAAGGCAGCGCUUGAGGCGAUUGAUGAACUGGACCUCUUUGGAGCCCACGGAGGACGCAAGUCGGUGAUCCACGUCCUGCCUGAUGAGGUGGAGCACUGCCAGUCUAUUUUGUUCUCCAUGCUGCCGAGAGCAUCGACAUCUAAAGAGAUUGAUGCUGGCCUUCUUCCCAUUAUUUCCUUCCCGGCGUUUGCAGUGGAAGAUGUGAACCUGGUGAAUGUGACCAAAAAUGAAAUUAUUUCCAAGCUGCAGGGGCGUUAUGGAUGCUGCCGCUUCCUUCGAGAUGGUUACAAGACCCCACGAGAGGAUCCAAACCGAUUGCAUUAUGACCCCGCUGAACUCAAGCUGUUUGAAAACAUCGAAUGUGAGUGGCCCGUGUUCUGGACAUAUUUCAUAAUAGAUGGAGUCUUCAAUGGCGAUGCUGUUCAGGUCCAAGAAUACCGCGAGGCCCUGGAGGGAGUGCUGAUCAGAGGCAAGAAUGGGAUCCACCUGGUGCCAGAGCUCUACGCCAUCCCACCCAGCAAGGUAGACGAAGAGUAUAAGAAUCCUCACACGGUGGACAGAGCUCCCCUGGGGAAGCUGCCCCAUCUGUGGGGUCAGUCCUUGUACAUCCUCAGCUCACUGUUGGCGGAGGGAUUCCUUGCCACUGGUGAAAUCGAUCCCUUGAACAGAAGGUUUUCCACUUCCGUCAAACCUGAUGUCGUGGUGCAAGUUACAGUUCUGGCAGAGAACAGUCACAUUAAGGAGCUGCUAAGGAAACACGGGCUGGCCGUGCAGAGUAUCGCGGACAUCUACCCAAUCCGCGUCCAGCCUGGCCGGAUUCUUAGUCAUCUUUAUGCCAAACUUGGACGGAAUAAGAAUCUGAAAUUGAGUGGACGACCUUAUCGGCCCAUCGGCGUUCUUGGGACAUCUAAACUAUAUGUGAUUAGGAACCAAAUCUUUACCUUCACACCCCAGUUCACUGACCAGCAUCACUUCUACCUGGCCCUGGACAACGAGAUGAUGGUGGAGAUGCUGCGGAUCGAGCUAGCCCACCUGUGCACCUGCUGGCGGAUGACGGGCAGACCCACGCUCACCUUCCCUGUCACCCACACCAUGCUCAUAAAUGAUGGCUCAGACAUUCAUGCUGCAGUUCUUUCUACAAUUAGGAAACUAGAGGAUGGAUAUUUUGGAGGUGCUAGAGUAAAAUUAGGGAGCCUUUCCGAAUUUCUCACCACAUCUUUCUACACCUAUCUGACCUUCCUGGAUCCAGACUGUGAUGAGAAGUUGUUUGAUGAUGCCAGCGAAGGGAGCUUCAGUCCUGACAUGGACUCAGAUUUGGGAGGAUAUUUGGAAGAUGUAUAUAAUCAAGGUAAUCAAGAAAGCCAGGACGAGCUUGACCAGUAUAUCAACCACCUAACGCAGAGCACUUCCUUGAAGUGCUAUCUGCCCCCACUUUGUAAGAAGACAGAAGACAGCCAUGUUUUCAGUGCCAUCCACUCCACUCAGGAUAUACUUUCCAUGAUGGCAAAAGCAAAGGGUUUGGAAAUUCCAUUUGUUCCCAUGACUUUGCCGACUAAAGUUCUAAGUGCCCACCGCAAAUCGCUGAAUCUUGUUGAUUCUCCUCAGUCACUCCUAAAAAAGGGCCAGGCUCCAGGAGAUGACCUCCAGUGGCCCAGAGACGACCACGGGGACUUGGACUGUGAGAAGCUGGUUGAGCAGCUGAAAGAUUGCUCGAAUCUACAGGACCAAGCAGACAUUUUGUACAUUCUGUAUGUAAUAAAGGGUCCCAGCUGGGACACGAAUCUCUCCGGACAGCACGGGGUCACCGUUCACAACCUACUCAGCGAGCUCUAUGGGAAAGCAGGCCUGAACCAGGAGUGGGGCUUGAUUCGUUACAUCUCAGGCCUGCUCAGGAAAAAGGUGGAGGUCCUGGCCGAGGCCUGCACCGACCUGCUGUCCCACCAGAAGCAGCUCACUGUAGGCCUGCCCCCCGAGCCCCGGGAGAAGACCAUUUCCGCGCCCCUUCCCCCAGAGGAGCUCACCAAACUCAUCUAUGAAGCCAGUGGGCAGGACAUCAGCAUUGCUGUGCUCACCCAGGAGAUCGUGGUUUACCUGGCCAUGUACGUCAGGGCCCAGCCCAGGCUCUUUGUGGAGAUGCUCAGACUCCGGAUCGGGCUGAUCAUUCAGGUGAUGGCCACGGAGCUGGCGAGGAGCCUGAACUGUUCAGGAGAAGAAGCUUCUGAAAGUUUAAUGAAUCUCAGCCCGUUUGACAUGAAAAAUCUCUUGCACCAUAUUCUAAGUGGAAAAGAAUUUGGCGUUGAAAGAAGCAUGCGGCCUAUACACUCCUCCACCUCCAGCCCUGCCAUCUCCAUCCAUGAGGUGGGGCAUACCGGAGUCACCAAAACCGAGAGGAGUGGCAUUAACAGACUGAGGAGUGAGAUGAAGCAGAUGACCAGGCGAUUUAGUGCUGAUGAACAGCUCUUCCCUGUGAGCCCAGCCACAGCCGGCAGCGUGUACUCCUCCAAGUCUGCGAGGUCCAGUACCCCAUCCUCACCCACUGGCACGUCUUCGACAGACUCAGGUGGCCAUCACAUUGGCUGGGGAGAGCGGCAGGGCCAGUGGCUGCGCAGGAGAAGGCUGGAUGGGGCCAUCAACAGGGUCCCCGUGGGGUUCUACCAGAAAGUGUGGAAGAUACUUCAGAAGUGCCACGGUCUGUCCAUCGAUGGUUACGUGCUCCCUUCUUCAGCAACACGAGAGAUGACCCCGCAAGAGAUCAAGUUCGCUGUGCAUGUAGAGUCAGUGCUGAACCGUGUGCCCCAGCCAGAGUACCGGCAGCUGCUGGUGGAGGCCAUCAUGGUGCUGACGCUGCUCUCAGACGCGGAGAUGAACAGCAUCGGGGGCAUCAUCCACGUGGACCAGAUCGUGCAGAUGGCCAAUCAGCUGUUCCUGCAGGACCAGAUGUCGAUGGGAGCCAUGGACACCCUGGAGAAAGACCAGGCCACUGGCAUUUGCCACGUCUUCUAUGACAGUGCCCCAAGCGGGGCAUAUGGGACAAUGACCUACCUGACAAAGGCAGUUGCUUCUCAUUUGCAGGAACUGCUGCCGAAUUCGGGCUGCCAGACGCAGUAGAUCCUCGACACUCGGCCCUCCAGUCCCGCCAAGAACUUCUGUCCCCGAGCCCCUGUGCUGUCACGAAGCAUGUCCCAUCAGAAGUACUGGCAAGGAGGAGAUGGCCACCAGUGACCUGAAGCCAGUGUAUGUCUCCACCACAGAGAGAGCCCUGUGUCCCCUGCUCCCCCACAGAGCACCACAGAUCAUUGUCUGGGUUCAUUUGGCUGGGACAUUUGUCACAGCAUCUGGUCUUCUGGAGUCUGAGGCGGAAUUGGAAAUUGGUGUCGUUCGCGUGAGAGUGAACUGAGAAGCCAGUUUAAAUUGGCGCUUGCAGAGUGUUAACCGAAAUAGGCUCGAUGAGCGAGUGACACAUCUUAAUGAUGAAACAUCCUUCCAGAAGCAGCAGCAGCAGCAGCAGUGAGACGAGUGGACCUUGACAAACGGCACAUCCUAACAGGAUACAGUCUGUCUGCAAACCAAACUCUUUACCAAAUAGAACAACUUUAUCUUUCUGUGGAAUUAGGGGUUUCUCAUACUUUGCUUUCUUGGCCUGUUGCUUUCUUGGCAGAACUAUUUUCCAGCGACAUAAUUCUAACCCAGAUUUAGGAAGUUGCUCCCAGUUACUUUGGCUCACGGUCUUCAAGGAUUUCAUCCUCGCUGCCCAUGAACUAGGAGUUUCUCGCGUUUCAGAAACAAACCCCACAUCUUCUGAAAUCUAGUGAACCUGCACAUAGGCACGCAUUGAAGGGGAAGCCAGCUCUUCCUGCAUCUGGGCCAAGUGUGUGUGGAACUGGGGCAGGCAGGGGAGUCCGUCUGGGAGGACGGUGCUGCCCGAUCUGCCCCCCUUCCCAUCCCCAACUGGGGAGACCACCAUGGCAGGCUCUGGGGGAGCCACAUGAUGAGCCCGUGGCCCUAGAUGCGUUGGGAAUGAGCGUUGUGCUCAUGCAGCAGCAAUGCUCCUCUCUGAGAUUGAGCCCAGCCGAGGCCCCCACCCCUUCCCAGAAGGCUGGUGUGAUGGAUGGUAGAGGAGGAAGGGCAAACCAGAGCACAGGGCCUUCCCAGUCUGUGGCCAGUGUCCUGGUGAGUGGUGUUUCUCUCAGACAUCAUCUGACCUGGGGUGGGGUGUAGACAACAAUAGGGGUCCAUUAUUUCUGCGAGCUAUAUGCUGAGCUCCAGCUAGUGGAUAAUGGUGGGUCAAAUUUUUGAGGUCCCUCUGCUCAGGGGACACUGUAGUUUUGCUGAUAAGUCUCUGUGUGGGUGGGAAGAGCCGAGGCUCUGGCUGUUUGCAGGGGACUUCUGGGGCCCCUCAGAGCUGAGAAGCAAGACUGAAGGCUUUUCUGGAAGCUGGGCACCCUGUGUUCCUGCUGCUUCCUGCUAAGAGUCCCUCUUCGCUCCAAAGUGAAUACUUCAUUUUGCCCUGGGAGACGGUCGAGAACACGAGCACUGUGUUCCGUGGGCGGGGACGGACAGCAUGCUUUUUACCUGAGCCACGGUCCUGUCCCAGCAAAGUGCUCAGUACUUCCAUGAAGUAAAGCCUCACCAUUUCUGCUCCUGUGACUUCCCUCAUCCGUCUUUCCCUUCCUCCCUCUUUCUUAUCCAUGUUAGUGCUAAGACCUUUCUCCUCAGAUGACUAGAUCCUUCCUUCCUUCCUUGA